AUGGCGAACCUCAUCUGGACCAAAUCAAAGGAACGGCAGCAACGCAUCCCCAAGAACAUCGCCGGCGCCGGCGCCGGCAGGUGCAGGAAGCACCCGAAGCACCGCCAGUCACCGGGCGUGUGCUCCGCGUGUCUCCGCGAAAGGCUCAGCCAGCUCCCCGCCACGUCAUCACUCCGCAAAUCAGAGGGGUUCGAUUCGGCGUCCACCGGCUCCUCGUCGUCGCUGUCUUCCUACAGCAGUUCGUCCUCGUCUUGCUCCUCGUCACGCGCCUCCCCGGCGCGUCGGCGGCGCGGCGGUAACGGGCUGUCGCUUUCUCAGGUGUUGAAGCUGGGAAGCAGCGCCGGUCAGAAGAGGAACGACGUGCGUGUUAUGAGGAAGAGCAGAUCUGUGGCGGUGGGCGGCGGCGAGGGGGAGGGGAAGGAGAAGAAGAAGGGGUUUUGGUCGGUGCUGAGGCGGCGGAAGGAGGAGAGGCCGCCGGCGAGGUUGGGGCAUUCCCUCACUAUGCGCGACGUAUUCCUGAUUACUACUAGCUAA